CACGGGCCGGAGAUUGAUAGAAUCGAUUAUUAGAUAGGCGUGGAGUAUCCUCCGACGCGUCAAUUUCGCGUCUCCCCCAUGUGUUUCUGCUUCAAAGAGGUAGAUACCAGAGCCAGCUCCAUUUCUUUAAUACCCAUUCCAUUUAUGUCAGAUAAUUUCGAGAAUGGCACAGGGAGAAUCAUCAACAGCUGCGGCUCGCAAGGGCGCAACAGCUGUUACAGCUGGUGCCCCUCAAGACUAUGAAUUGCCCUGGGUCGAGAAGUACCGACCUGUCUUUCUUGAUGAUAUCGUGGGAAACACAGAGACUAUCGAGCGUUUGAAAAUUAUAGCGAAAGAUGGAAACAUGCCCCAUGUUAUCAUUUCGGGUAUGCCUGGAAUUGGAAAGACGACAUCGGUGUUGUGUUUAGCGAGACAGUUACUGGGUGAUGCAUACAAGGAGGCAGUCUUGGAACUAAAUGCUAGUGAUGAAAGAGGUUCGUCGUCAUUCACCAUGGAGAAAAGAAUACGGAAUAUGCACGAGGAACAUAAUUUCUCAUAGUGCUGGCGCAGGUAUCGAUGUCGUACGAAACCGCAUCAAGGGAUUCGCCCAGAAGAAAGUCACACUCCCCCCCGGUCGGCAUAAAAUUGUCAUUUUAGACGAAGCAGAUAGCAUGACCCCCGGUGCUCAGCAAGCUCUGCGACGUACAAUGGAAAUCUACUCGUCCACUACUCGUUUUGCCUUUGCUUGCAACCAGUCAAAUAAGAUCAUUGAGCCUAUCCAGUCUCGAUGUGCUAUCCUUCGCUAUGCCCGGUUGACAGAUGCACAGGUAGUGAAGAGGAUUGUACAAAUAUGCGAGGCUGAAAAGGUGGAAUAUUCAGAAGACGGGAUUGCCGCUCUAGUUUUCAGCGCCGAAGGUGAUAUGCGCCAGGCAAUUAACAACCUACAAAGCACAUGGUCUGGAUUUGGGUUCGUGAGCGGGGACAAUGUCUUCCGUGUCGUCGAUAGUCCUCAUCCGAUCAAAGUGCAAGCUAUGAUUAAGGCAUGCUGGGAAGGAAAGGUCGACGUAGCUCUGGACACAUUGAAUGAGCUCUGGGGUCUGGGUUACUCUUCCCAUGAUAUUAUCAGCACCAUGUUCCGCGUGACGAAGACAAUUCCCACUCUCUCAGAACAUUCCAAAUUGGAAUUCAUCAAAGAGAUCGGUUUCACACAUAUGCGCAUCCUGGAUGGCGUGCAGUCCCUACUACAACUGAGCGGUUGUAUUGCAAAACUUUGCCGAAUUAACAUGAAGCCACAGCUUUUUCAACCCCCAGGAGAGUGAAGAUGCAAUUGUUUGACACGAGUUUCGUAUUCAUAAGGCGUUCGAGGCGUUUUAUGAAGUUGAGAUUAUGUACUAUGGAGUAGACAGGGCUCCGCAAAAAGUCAGGAUUAUUAAUUGACGCUGCCUCUUGCUUGCUGUACGGCAUUCUUUCCUUUACCUCAAGAUAUCUCUUUAUUUGGCAGUGACAUUUAAUAAACGAUAUACCAAAGAUCACGAGCCUAUAUCCCGCACAGGUUGGUAUAGCUAGUCUUGCCAUACAUAGGAUAUCUAGGAGAAACUCAUGAUUAU